UUUGACCAAGCCUGAAGGACAGGUGAGCAGACAUUUUAUACUGCUGCGUCGUCUAAAGCGCGAUGCGCUACAUUGCGAUUUUCCUUGCCACCGUCUGCUUUAGUUUGAUAAACGGACAACGCAAUCGUACCAACAGUGGGCCUGAAAAAUGCGGCGACCUCGAAGUACCAGCUCCUGAAAAAGAUCAGAAAGACCACUUCUGCCGGCCUUCCCACACGCCUUCUUGGGAGCUGGAGAAACCUCGCCGAUGCGUUUGCAAGAAAGGUUACGUCCGAAACUCCUGGGGAGAGUGCAUUUCCAAGACGCAUUGCUGGAGUUGCAAGCUGCGCCGCUACAAGGACUGGCAUUCGUGCGCGUCAGGUUGUCCGGCUAGGUGCGGUCAGCCAUUGGAGGCGUCGUGCCGCAAAAAGUGUAAACCGCGAUGCGAAUGCCCCCCUGGCUUUGUGGUACACCCAAAGUACAGCAGCAAGUGCGUCAAGGCCGAUACGUGUCCACCGAAAUGCCCGCGCAACUCGUCAUUCAAGCCGUGUGUGUCAAACUGCGAGCCAAAGUGCAACGGAGAGCGACCCGAGAAAUGCGUUAGCCGCUGUGACACGGGUGGCUGCGUGUGCAACAAAGGCUACGCCUAUUUCAUUAGAAAUGGCCAAAGGAUAUGUGUGCUUGAGUCAGCGUGUGCCUUGUACGCUCCCCCACCACUCUCUUUCACAUCCAAAGAACUUGAGAGUUCUGGUCGAGGAGAAGGCUCUCAUGACCGCGGAAACGGCCCGGGUGGUGCGGCAAGACGCAGAGAACGUACGCGUUCGCGUGGUGGCCAAACAGGCCCAGACGAAAAUCUUUCGUUAGGUAUCCCGCGGCCUGGCCUCGCAGGUGGUAUGCCGGGAAUCGGUGCAGCUGCUCACGGUGAAAGCGAAGAAACCGGACAUCCGCCUUUUGCCAGAGGACCUGCUGGAGCGCUUCCGCAUGUAUUCAGAGGAAGUACGCCGCCCCCAGGCACAGAAGGUCAUUUUCGAGCUGGCACCGGCCCAAACCCCAUGCGCAAUGUCUCAACUCCUGGGGUUGGUACUAACAUACACUCAUUCAGUGCAGCCUCGCGUGUUGGUUUAGGAGCUAUGGGAGCCGGUCUCGGAGUGUUAGGAGCAGGGGGGAUGCUAUCACGUGGUUCCGAAAGACAUGGUGGGGCUGGUCGCGGAGUAUUAGGAGCAGGCAGCUUGCUUUCACGUGGUUCCGAAGGACAUGGUAGAGCCGGUAUUGGAAUUCAGCCAUCGGGUACGCCAUCAAAUGGUGCCCCAAGACAUAGAGGAAGCAGUACUGAUGAAAGUUCCGAAGGACCACACCCACCUGCUCCUGGAGGACUUGGCGGGUUAGGUGCGGUAUAGAGAGGGUUAACCCAUUUCCAUCUAGUACUGAAAAUCAUCUGAGGGGCGAAGCAGGAAUACAUCCAGAGGAAAAUCUCCCAUUAGGUAUCACAGGACCUGGUCGCGCAGGUAUAAAUUUGCACCCAGAGAGGUGGUCAACCACACGGUACGCUGGGACUAGGCGGCGCCGGUCUUGAAGAAAGUGAGGAAAGGGCACCUUUUGCUGGUGCACCUGGAACGGCUCUUCCAGAUGUCUUGAGAAGGCAUCCGCAGCCACCAGGUAUCGAAGGCCCUUUCCCGACUGCAACCGGCAUAAUGCCAUCUAGUAGUGGAUCAUUUGGUGCCAUAGGGCCUCGGGGGAGUGAUGUUGAUAUCAACUUAUUCGGUGGACCCCCGAGAAGUGAUUUACGGGAGGUGGAAGGUGGAAUAGAAGGAAUAAGAGAAGAUGCCAGGCUUUCACCUCCGUCCGGGCUAGGCGGUGACGGUAUUGUAUUUCGGCCGUCGAGCAGAACCUCACGCGUAUUCUCAAGUAUUGGGGGGACCAGCAGCGAAGAGAGCGGCGAACGUACACAGCCAUCUGUUUCUGAUGUACCUGGUAGACGUAGUGUCGGUAUUGAAAGGGUGGGUACACCCUUAAAUAGUACUGAAGGCCACCGGCCUCUCAACACAGAAUCACGUUCAGCAGGAAAUUAUUCAUUAGGUAUCUCAAGAAACGAAACGGGUGCUGCCCGUGUGGGCGGUGAGGGUUCGACCCCGGGUGGUCCGGAAGGAUUUGGGACGCCAAAUAGUGGAGAAAGCGAAGAAAUUCCAAACGUUCCUAGCAACGCUAGGCUAGGAGGGGACGCUGUAGCCAUCGGCACAGGUUAUCACCGAGUGCGUGGUUCCGACAGCGAUCUCCCGUAUGGCGCAGGAAUAUAUUCAUUUCGAGCUCCAUUAUUUGGUAGGGAAGGAUAUGACCAUGGCGAUGUAGGUGGAGGCUCAGUUGGCGUAAGUUCACAUGACAUUCUAGGAUAUCGUGGCGCCGGUCUCAGAAUGCAUGGAGAGGGUACACCAUCACAGGUUGGCGUUGGAUAUAGGCGAUCUGGAUUCCGAUUUUAUCCACCGGGGACAAUUACGCGCGGCUCAGCGGAACUUGAAGGGACAGGUCUUUAUGAGAGUGGAGAAGAUAUACAUCCACCUCUUUCUAUGGGGUCUCGUAUGCACAGCAUGCUCGUUGGACAUGGAAGUAGACGAUUACCUGGUAUUGAAGGACAUUUCCCCGCUGGUUUGGGAUUGUAUCCGGCGGCUAGACUACCACUUGGCGGUGUUCCAUUAGGUCGGGAAGUAGUCGGUAUAAAUUCAGAGGGUGCUUCAAGAAUGUAUAGACAGUCGGGAUAUGGCGGGGGCAGUGUCGGAAUAAAUCGAGAAGGUAUUUCCUUGAGUCCUAUCGGGCGAUAUGGGGGCAGUGGUUUUGGAAUUCACUCAUUUGGUUUUGGCACACCAGGUCGCGCAGCAUAUGAUGGGGAAGAGUUUGACCUAAGCCGAGGGGAUGCGACCUCACGUGCUACGACAGGAUAUGAUCGAGAAAGGCUUAGGUCUUUGUUACUGCGUACACGAACCCCUGUUCUUUCAAGGUCUAUGUAUUCCGGUUUUCGGCUUCUGCCAAGGAUGGAAACCUCAGGUUUUAGAGCGAGUUUGAAUGGACCCCAUUUCAUGUCAGAUCACGGUGAUUCGUCGUUACGUGCUGCCGCAGAAAUCGGUCAUGACAGCCCCGGCCUUUACCAUGGCAGGACGCCCCCACAUGUUGCCUCGGGAUACCAUGGAGCUCUGCCCCAUCUGCAACCAGAGGGGGCUUACAUACCUCGAAACGCCGAAUAUGAGAUGGCGCGUUUGGGCGCUGUUGCAUAAUUAGCGCGCUCAGCUAUCAGAGCAGCAUUUUCUGCGCCUUUUAAUCAAUAUUACCGUGACAUCGCCAGAUUCGCCACCGGUCAGAGCUGACAGCUAGCCAUCAUGACUAUUGGCCCGCUUGUCGAAAUUAUCACGACAUGCAUCAGAAGUAUUCACAUCGCCUGUUAUGUCAGCAGACCAAUAAAUUCGAAUCGCAACAUGA